AAAGGCUGAGCAAACAAUAUGGAAUAGACUGCAACAACUAACAGCUAUGAAGAGGAAACGAUUAAAGACCCACACACCAAUGAAAAUUGGAAUUUUAGGCUGUAUGGCGGAGAGGCUGAAGAUGGAGCUUCUGGAGCGAGAGAAGCUCGUAGAUGUCCUCGCCGGUCCAGAUGCAUACCGGGACCUUCCGCGUCUCUUGGCUGUAUCUGACGGAGGUCAGCAGGCGUGCAAUGUGCUGCUCUCUUUAGAGGAGACCUAUGCUGACGUCAUGCCCGUCCACCACGCGCCUCGGGGGCACAGUGCUUUUGUGUCCAUCAUGCGAGGCUGUGACAACAUGUGCAGUUACUGCAUUGUUCCCUUCACUCGAGGGAGAGAGAGGAGUCGACCCGUCCGCUCUAUCCUGGAGGAAGUUCGUAUGCUCGCUGAUCAGGUAAGCUGUAACUUCAACAUUAAGGUUGGUUGGAAAAACUCCUGCAUUUGUAACCACGCAAAAACAGAAUAGGAAAAAAACAAAAAACAAAGUGACUUUGUGUUUGUGUUUUAUGAUAAAUGCAAAAAUCUAUACAACAAUAAUUUAACAUGACUUAUGAAACAAACUCAAUUCAGUUUUACUUAUAUAGCACCAAAUCACGAGAAGAGUUGCCUCCAAGCACUUUAUGUGGUAAGCAAAAGCCCAGACAAUAAAACAACACCCCAUAAGCACGCACUUGGCAACAGUGGGAAGGCAAAACUCCCUUUUAAACAGGAAGAAACCUCCAGCAGAACCAGGAAGGGACAGCUAUCUGCUGUAACUGGUUGGGGUCGAGGGGAGAUAAGACUGAAAACAUAUGCCAUGUUCCUUUCAAUAAAGGUUGAAACUAUUGAUUAAGACCAUAAUCUCGUCAUGAAAGUGUUUAUUGAGGUCAUGCAAUAAGGAAGUCGACGAAAUUCUGUACAACCAGUCAUUUAUUGAUAAUAACCCAUAAAUCAUAGACUUCCUGCUAUUAUAAAAAAGUUUGUAGCUUCUAAGUCUAAAAAAUGAAGUUUAUGAAAAAGUACAUGAAACGUUUAAUUCUUAUUAUGGCCAGCAGGGGGCAACAAUGCCUCUUAUCGUUA